UUCAAAAGAUGAAUGGGAUAAACUAGCGAAAUGGGUUGUGAAUUUUAAAAUAUUUUCACCGAAUGUUCGUUGGCUUAUUCAAGUUCCAAGACUUUACAAUAUAUAUAAAGAAGCCAAAACUGUCGAAAAUUUUGAAGAUAUUAUUAAAAAUUUAUUCGAACCCUUGUAUGAGGUUACGAAAGAUCCGAGAUCUCAUCCAGAGUUGCAUGUAUUUCUCCAACGUGUAGUGGGAUUUGAUAGCGUAGAUGACGAAUCUAAAGCAGAAAGACGUAUUCAUAAAAAAUACCCUUGUCCAAAAGAUUGGAAUACGAACCUUAAUCCACCCUAUUCUUAUUAUUUAUUUCAUAUGUAUGCUAAUAUGACAAGUUUGAAUCAAUGGAGAAAAGCUAGAGGAUUUAAUACUUUUGUUCUUCGGCCACAUGCUGGUGAAGCUGGAGAUACUGACCAUUUAACUUCAGCCUUUCUUACUUCACAAUCUAUAUCACACGGAAUCUUGUUACGCAAAGUUCCUGCGUUACAAUAUCUUUAUUAUCUUAAACAAAUCGGAAUAGCAAUGUCUCCUUUAUCUAAUAAUGCUUUAUUCUUGAAUUACGAAAGAAAUCCUUUCUUAAGCUUUUUCCAGAAAGGUUUGAACAUAAGCUUAAGUACAGAUGAUCCUCUUCAAUUUCAUUACACUAGAGAACCACUAAUUGAGGAGUAUAGCGUUGCUGCUCAGAUUUGGAAAUUAUCCUCUUCGGAUAUGUGUGAACUUGCACGUAACUCAGUUGUACAAAGUGGAUUUGAAAUGGCUCUUAAAAAACAUUGGUUAGGAAAGGAAUGGUACAUCCCCGGGAAAAAAGGAAACGAUAUUCAUAAAACUAACGUUCCCGAUGUAAGAAUGGAAUUCCGAUAUGAAACUUUACUUGAAGAAAUUAAAAUGAUCUUAAAAUACUCUUUAAAGAAAUCAUCAUCGCCAUUUAUCUGCAACACCAUUCAUAUGGUUCCGCAACCUCGACCGCCACUGCGUUCAGGCUCAAUUUUAUCUGAAAGUGACCUUAGCGUUAUACCAGGAGUUUCAAUGUUUACUGCUAAGAUUUUUAAAGAGAGAUUUGGCACGUUGGAUGAGAAAGAUGAUUAUUUUAGCCAAUGA